AACUGAUGGUCUGCCGCACUGCAUUCUAAUGAAUCCUCGACGUUCUGAUCGAGUCUCUUCAGUCAGAGCGAGGCUUCUGCAUGUUUUUAGUGCGAUUGUUAUUUAACUCGUAAGGUGAUGACAUUUUGCAAGCAUUUCGCACAGGAAAACGGUAUCAUAUGAAAAGAAAUCAAUGCCACCUCUGUCGCUGCUGUCACGCUCAUUCUUGACAACGUCGUUAGUACCAGAUGACUUCAUACACCUAGAUGUCGUGCUGUAAUCUGAGUCAGAGAGGGACAGAGAUAUCAAGCAACAGAUAAUCCGAAGGAUCAACAGUUUGAUUAAAGGUUACGAUACACAAUCCCACUGCAGCUCGUUCAAGGUGUCAUGCAGCAGAAAGUGUGCACACGCAACACGGCACUGUUUGUGAAGAACGGUCAGGCGUGUGGAGCCGGAGCCCCUCCUCAACUUCCUUUCCGCUGCCCGCGAUGUGGAGAGCAUGAACGAUUCCACAGUCUUUCUUCUCUCAGAGCGCACCUAGAAUACAGCCACCCGUUCCACACUAAACAUGACAUCAGCCUCCAUUCCACGAGGGACCUUUCUGACACACAGUGCAUGGACGGCUGCAAAAUCUCCAAUUCCAACAUGCAUAAAGUACGUGAUGCCGGCACAAAUACUAACUCCACUGUGAGAGGAGAGCACAAGCACUUAUUCGGCGUGGACCAAACUCCAUCGCAGCAGCCCGCAGAGCAAAAGCUCACGCCCCCAGUGAGGAGCUUCAGUGUUGGGGACGCGGCGGCUGGAGCCGGACCCCUCUCGGCUCCUGUGGCCUCAGUGGAGAAGAGGCUGGAGGGGAUGAUGAGGACAGCCAAUAGCAGCAUGGAGCGACGUCUGCUGCGGCUGAGCUCAGAGCUGGCACAGACAGACACGGCUAUCCUGUGUGAGCGCGCUCACUCGCAUCACCUGGCCCAGGAGAAACAGGAAGUGCUGGAGCGAGAGCGGGCGCUCAGCAGACAGGUAGACGCCGCCGUUAUGGUAAUCGCCACCAUGAGGCAACAGCUCAGCGUCUCAGAGCACGAGCUGGAGAGGAGAGAACAGGAGGUUAUUACCAUCCAGAGGUUUCUGGAAGCGGCAGCACAGCAUGAGAUGUGUGGGAAGGUUCGCUUGCGACGGUUCAUUGAGAGCCUCUUGCGGCGGAUUUCCCUGGCCGAGAGACUACUGGAAUACUAUCAGAGCGCCCCUCACAGGCAUUAUUGCACGGUUCACUCUGUGCCUCUGCCAUCAGAGCUCGGUCCACACAGAAUAACAGAAAGCAGGUCUUCAGGAGACCAUCUUGAGCAGGAUGAAGAGCAGCAGUUACUUGGUCAGUCUGGAUGGGGACUGUCUAAAGGUUCUUCUGGGAGACUGGGUUACGACAGCUGGUCCCAGCGGAGGAGGUCAGAUGGGUACGAGGUUUAGGGACAGAGGCGGAGCUUAGCAAUGAAUGUACGUGCAAAUAACACAAUAUUACUGAAAUAUGUUGAGUAUAUUAACAAUAAUACAGUUGGGUACAAAGUCUGAGGCCACAUUGAAAAUCUUAUUUUUUGAUGAUUAUUUAUCAUUUGGGUAUGUUUUUUUGUUUUUGUUUUGUUUUUUCAUCAGGUUAUCAAUUACUAAGAAAUGUUGAUAUGGAUUUCACUAGAAACAGAAAAAGAGACUUGAAAAUUAUUAUUAGAAUCAUUUAAUUAGUGGCAGACGUUUGGACCCAACUGUAUGUACUGUAAAUAUGAGUUACGCAAAAGCCCAGUAAACAACAGCGAUGUCUAACUGCAGAUGGCAGAUUAGUUAUUUGACACUUAUUUGAAUCUUGAAUGUGUUUAUGAUCCAUCUGUGAAAUAUUUUAAUUAUAAGAUUGGCUGUAGACUGAACACAUGGUGGAGCUGCCCUUUAAUUCAAAUAGAAAAGCUGUCAUUACAGGUUGCUUACAUGAAGUGAAGCUAUAGUUAGUAAUGUUACAUGCUUGUUGUUUUCUAAUUAACACUACUUACUGUUCAGGAAAAUUAAUGUAGUUAUAUUAUCUAAAUGCAGGAUGAUGUUAAAACAAAACCCACUUUGAGCUUGUAGUUUGUUCACAAACUUUCUCUUAUAGAAAAUGCACUGUUUCAGCAAGAAGAAAAAUUAUGUAGCAAAUAUCAAAAUCAUUUAGUCUUUUUUUGAAGGUGCAGUUGUGUAUUUUAAAUAGUGGUGCUACAUUUUAAGGGAUGAAUAUACAUUACCCUGCUUAUGUCAGCCAGCCUCAUUAGAAUGAGAGAAAAAGGAAACUUUAACAGAGAAGAAAGUUCUCUUUUGUUUUAAAACAUGCAGCUAUUGGAAUAUGUAUAGAUGUUGUUAAGUGUUCUAAAAUUCAUUGCCAAGAACUUUGAUAAUAGAUCCUUUUUGCUAUUCUGUACAAUUGGAGCAAUAGCACUUAUGGACUUUAGGAAUGCACUUUCAUUUAAAAAGAUAGUUUACCCAAAAAUCAUUCAGUCAUCUUUUACUCACCCUAGUGUCGUCUGAAGAUAUAUUUUUUUUUACAAUGGAAGUCAAUGGUCGCCAAACCCAUUUAACAAUUGGUUACCAACAUUCUAUAAAAUAUCUGCUUUAGUGUUUCACAGAGGAAAGAAAUGCAUAACAGGUUUGGAACGACACAAGUGUGAGUAAACGAUUUGGUAUCAAAAUGUUUUCAUUUUGGGUAAGCUACCGUGUUAAGUGAUUAUAAUUACAGUAUUUAAGUCCUAAACUUAAAUGGCAUCUAGCACUGAAAUCAACCGAAUAUUCCAUAUUCAAAAAAUGUUAAGCUCUAUGGACAGAUUCUGACUGUUCUAACUGUACUGUUCUUUUUACAAGCUAAAGGAAAAUCACAAUUCAUGUUUGUGGAAUUCAGUAGCAUGUCACAGACACCAUAAAGCUUAACUUGAAAAAACUUGAAAAAAUGGAACGUUCAUUCUCAGCUCUGUACAACUGGAGCAGUAGCACUUUUUUUAAUUUUUGGCAAAACUGUGAAACAAUUCAGAUAAUAGCAGUAUACUACCAAAGUCCAUUAAAGGGGACAUCGGAUGCCCAUUUUCCACAAGUUGGUAUGAUUUUUUAGGGUGAUGUCUGUAGCAUACUUUGGUUAAGAUUCUUCAGUGAUCGUGUAAAACAACACCAUUUUCACCUUGUCAAAAACAGCGAGCCAUUUCGGUGCAUGUCUCUUUAAAUGAUAAUGAGCUACUGCUCAUCCCACCCCUCUCUUCCAUGAGGGGUUUUGACUAUAGACUGUAUAAUGUACGUAGUGUCCUUGAUGUCCACCGUAGAUUCCUGAAGAGCGUUUUUGAAGCUCAAAGUGGGCGGAGCCGGCCGUCACCAUCUUGGCAGCGCGUCACUCUCAGAUAAACGAAAAUGGGCAAAAAGGCGGGAGCUGGUUACUGAAGCCAC